AUGGAAGAAGAAGUAUCCGAAGUGAGUCUUGAGCUGAAGAAGAUGAUCUCAGACUUGCGCUUCACUUCCGCGCGCUGUUUUCCAGCCUUCAACGGGGUGGUGCAGAAAUACUUGGAUCCAUCCAUGGCGCUUGAUCGCACAGAAGGUGUCGACGUGGUGGAUAUCGAUGAGAACAGUGCCAUGGACAUCUCCGGCUCGUAUGGUGUCAACGUCUGUGGCUAUGAGAAGUACAAAGAGUUCAUUGAAGAAGGUUGGAAGACCGCCAAGAAACAGGGGCUAUUCUUGGGUUCCUUGGACAAGACAGUCUUGGACAACAUUGCCCGUCUGCGAAAGAUCUCCGGCCAGCCUGAGGUGUCCUUCCACAUGUCAGGCACCGAGGCCGUGAUGUGCGCGGUGCGGGUGGCGCGCUUCAACACGCGGAGGCCUUUAGUGGUGACCUUCGGCGGCGCGUGA